GCAGUAGAAUCGCUAUAAAAAGGACGUGUAGAGAUCUCUACCGCAUCCACUCGCUUCUGAUCGCUCUGUGAAGACUAUCGUCAGCACUCGUCUAACCACAAGAAUCAUGAAGGUCACGCUUUGUAUUCUGGGACUUUUCGCGGUCAUCGCUUUGGCCGCCGCGCAGUACGGCCAUGGUGGUUACGGCGGCAAUGGCGGAUACGGUGGAUACGGUCUCGCCGGAGGUUAUGGUGGAUACGGUCAUGGGGCAGGAUAUGGAGGAUACGGUAAUGGAGCAGGAUAUGGAGGAUACGGUCUGACAAGCGGACAGGGUACUUUCGCUGGCCACCGCGCUCCCUACGGCUACAGAGGUUCCGCACGUCGCCACGUGUACGGCGGAAGAGGAUUCGGAUACAACUAUGGCGGAUACGGACAUAAUCAUGAAAGGUCACGCUUUGUAUUCUGGGACUUUCGGACGAGAUCUCUACAUCAUCCACUCGCUUCUGAUCGCUCUGUGAAGACUAUCGUCAGCACUCGUCCAACCACAAGAAUCAUGAAGGUCGCUCUCUGUAUUCUGGGACUCUUUGCAAUAAUCGCAUUGGCCGCCGCGGAACACUGGGGCCAUGGUGGUUACGGCGGCUAUGGCGGAUACGGUGGAUACGGUCUCGCCGGAGGUUACGGCGGAUACGGUCAUGCAGCAGGAUAUGGUGGAUACGGUCAUGGAGCAGGAUAUGGAGGAUACGGUAAUGGAGCAGGAUAUGGAGGAUACGGUCUGACAAGCGGACAGGGCACUUUUGCUGGCCACCGUGCUCCCUACGGCUACAGAGGUUACGCACGUCGCCACGUGUACGGCGGAAGAGGAUUCGGAUACAACUAUGGCGGAUACGGACAUUAAAAUACUCCAUUAGAUAUGAUGCUUAAAUAAUAAUAAUUUCUAAAUUUGUGACCAGCAGUGAUCACGUCGCAAAAUAUUACAACGAUGUUAAAAAACAACGAGGGUUUUUUUAUGGCACGGUGAUUUUAUUAGGUUGUUGUCAUCGCGAAUUCUUUUUAUACGUCAUUGCAAACGCCAAUUAGAUUAUAAUGUAAAGUGCUAAAAUAUAUUGUAACAUAAUUGUGCAAAUUCUU